UUCAACAAAAAAUUAUCACACGCACGAUACAAUCUUAUCGCGUGAAGUUUUUAUAUGUAACAUGAGUUAAAGCAUGGAAAAUAUCGAAGUUUAGCGGACGACAGGCAUUUGUAACUUUGAAAAAUAACAUUGGUCGAUUCUUGCAAGCGGCAAAUGCGUCGACCAAUGCGAUGCAUACCCACCAUAAUUAAAUCGAUAUUUACUCGAUUAUUCGAGGAACUAUCAACUCUUCCUAAGUGAAGUCUCUUCGUCUGGCGAAAUAUUUUGGUCGAUAUACUAAGUACUCCCUUCGGAAAACGCGAGUUCUCCGAGAUGAUAAAAGAAAAGGGAGUCGUUUCAUUACUAUUAUUAUUUUUUACAAAUUUUGUACAUGGUGAUAUGUCCUGCAGUCUCGUAAACCGAGAAGAUCCUUGCAUUAACUUAUGCGAAAAAACACCGUUGUCUUUUACAAAUAGUAAAUACGUUAAAUCGUGUUGUCAACGAGGAUGUAGAUUCUUCAAUUUAGUGGAUUUACAUUAUGGGUUGGAACCAAAUCGUUUGAAUGGCACUAGAGAUGCUUGCGAAGCUUCAUGUACAGAAGCAUAUACAGCUCCCCAAGAUCGCUACGCAUGUAGCACUGGUUGUGAUUUUAUGGCCAAGCAGCGUGUUUCAGAUUUAUUGUCACUCUUCUCUGUUGCUGUUUAUAUAGGAGAGGGUGUAGAUUCUAACUUACUUGUAAUGUCACCUGAUAUACCUGAAAAUGAUAUUUUGAGUGAUCCAGGCUUACGAAAGGAACUUCUCCCAGGAUGGUGGGAUUUUAAUGGAUUUAAAUUACCACAAACAUAUAUUAAGACUGUUCCUUUAGAUACUGGGACAGUGGAUUAUGGUGUACCAUCAGACUACUCUGGAGAAAAUGACCAAUCAACUUCAGUACCUGAAUCUGAUCAGCUUCAGUGCACUUCAAAACAAAUUGAACUGCCAAACUGGUUGUUAAUUUCUGCUACUAUAGUAGGAAUAGUGUCUGCAUUUUGUAUGUGUCUUUUUUGUUCAGAUGAACCUACUGAUUCUUAUAAAAAAAUACGCAUUGAACAUUUUGGAAAAAAACAUAUUGAACGUAUUGAGAAAAAACAUAUUGAAAAGUCUGAUUCAACAGUUGCUUUAUAUGUACCAGAAGUAUCAUUUCAUAAACAACCCCUUCCAAAAUAGUGUAGAUCCAGCAGACAUUAACAUGAAAGUUUAGCUAGAUGUUUUAGCUUUAUAAUUUUUUCUAUAAUUUUGAAAACUAUUUAAAUUUCAGUAUGAUAAUGCAGUUUUGAAUAAACUGUUUAUAUUGUGUAUAAUAGAUUUUUGUGAAUACAAUUAUUAAAAACACUGCACUCAAUUUUCGAUAAAAUUAUUCAUAAUUGAAAUAUAAGCUUUUAAGAAUAUAUGUGUAUAAAAAUAAGAUUUUAAAACGUUGAUUGAGGUUUUGAAACAUAUAAAGAUUAAAAUCAAAAUAAAUGAUAAAAUAAGUAACAAAAUAUUUUGUGGGAAAAAUUUAUGGUUGAAUAUAUAUGGUGAUACAUGAUAAAGUUAUUUUGUACAGAAUAAUAUUGUUUUUUAUAAUAGAAAAUAACAGCUCUUAUUCUUCUUCUUUUUCCAAUAGAUAAAGUUAUUGAAAUCAGUACUGAAAUAAAACUUGGAAAAUGGAUAUGCACAUGUAUAAGACUGCAAAUUAUGUACUUUGUUAGUGAUUGAGCAAGGAUAAGAUUUUGUAUUUAUAUCAAUAUAUUAUUUUAUUACAUAUAAUGUAUAAACAUAAAAAAACUAUGUACAAUUAUUGUAAGUUAAUUGUAUUUGGAAAGUUUUGUUUUAUUAUUUUUAUAUUGGUUAAACAUUCUAAUGAUGAUAAAUUUUAUUUUAUAUUUAGAAAAUAUAAGUAGUUAGCUUGUUUUAAAAUAUUUCUAUAUUUUAUAUAUGCAUACGUUUUUCUGUAUUUUUUAUAUCUAAUGUUACGAUACAGUGAAAAGUGAAAUUUAAAAAUUAUAAGGUUUGGAGUAAGAAACUAUGUAUUUGUAAGUUUUAUGUUGCAUAAGAAAAUGUAAAAUAUUAUGAUUAUAAAAGUAAGUACAAUAUUAUGUACGAUUAUUCUUACACAAAGAAAGUCUUAGAUAUUAAUUAUAUUAUUCCUAUAUUGCGUCGAAUCAUAUAAUAAGUACAUAACUUAUGUCACUGCAAUUUUUGAAAUAUAAUUUAAGAUUUUUCCACGAUAUAUUUUAAUUGCAUUAUGCAAAAAUGUAUAAAUUUCGUAUUUUUUCUCAAGAAACAGAUUAAUGUAUGAUUAUCUAACCAA